GCCGGAGCCAAACCCUAAUCUGACCAGAUAGCCUGGGUCCGCUGGAGAGAGGAGAGGGUCCCUCCAAUCUGUGGGCGCGGAAGGCGGAGCGCCAACUCUAGGGGUGUAGAAGAAAAAUCUCAGCGAGCCCGCGAGGAGCUCAGAAAACAGGAGAAAGAGAAGGGAUCGUCUCUAUUAGGGACACUCUGGGUGAAGAAACCCAGCGGUCUCCACCUCGCGCACUCCUCCCUCUUCAGGAAAAGAAGAAACAACAAGCCGCUCACUAACUGCUUUCUGUGCAGCCCUGCGGACCGUUCUAGGGAACCGAAGGAAUCCAAAGAGCCCGAGAAGAAGCAGGCUCGAGAUCUCCAUUCCAUUGAUGUUAGGAACAAGGUCGUGGGUGAGUGCAAAGCAAGUCAUCUAGAAGUCCAACUCUCUGGAACUCUGGACUAAAUUUCAAAGGGGUUCAGCUCUCAUUACUCUCUGUCCAAGUAGAUCACCAUGGGAUCUGAAGAGGGGAAUAUCACUGGUGCACACAAUUUUGCAGCUAUCUUCAACUCCCAUCGGGAGCGUGCUGCCUCCCUCCCAUUCAAUUUUAGUUACGGUGACUAUGACCUGCCUUUAGAUGAAGAUGAGGAUGUAACCAAGACCCGUACCUUCUUUGCUGCUAAGAUUGUCAUUGGUGUGGCUCUAGUGGGCAUCAUGUUAGUCUGUGGCAUUGGUAACUUUGUUUUCAUUGCUGCACUAGCCAGAUACAAGAAGCUACGCAAUCUCACCAACCUGCUCAUUGCCAACUUGGCUAUCUCUGACUUCUUGGUGGCCAUCGUGUGCUGUCCCUUUGAAAUGGACUACUAUGUGGUCCGACAGCUCUCCUGGGAGCAUGGUCAUGUGCUCUGUGCCUCUGUCAACUACCUUCGCACUGUCUCUCUUUAUGUCUCCACCAACGCCUUGCUGGCCAUCGCUGUAGAUAGAUAUCUGGCUAUCGUCCAUCCCCUGAAACCACGGAUGAAUUAUCAAACUGCUACCUUCCUGAUAGCUUUGGUCUGGAUUGUAUCUAUUCUCAUCGCCAUCCCAUCAGCUUACUUUGCAACAGAGACUGUCCUCUUCAUUGUCAAAAGUCAAGAGAAAAUUUUCUGUGGCCAGAUCUGGCCAGUAGACCAGCAAAUCUACUACAAAUCUUACUUCCUAUUCAUCUUUGGCAUUGAAUUUGUGGGUCCUGUGAUCACCAUGACCCUGUGUUACGCCAGGAUCUCCCGAGAGCUCUGGUUCAAGGCUGUCCCUGGUUUCCAGACAGAACAGAUCCGAAAACGUCUCCGUUGCCGAAGGAAGACAGUCCUUGUGCUCAUGUGCAUCCUGACUGCCUAUGUAAUCUGCUGGGCCCCUUUUUAUGGCUUCACCAUCGUCCGGGACUUCUUCCCUACUGUGUUUGUGAAGGAGAAGCACUACCUAACAGCUUUCUACAUUGUCGAGUGCAUAGCCAUGAGCAACAGUAUGAUCAACACCGUGUGCUUUGUCACUGUCAAAAACAACACCAUGAAGUACUUUAAGAAGAUCAUGCUGCUCCGCUGGAAGUCUUCUUACAAUGGGAGCAAGUCCAGUGCAGAUGUUGACCUCAAGACCAGUGGCAUGCCCGUUACGGAAGAGGUAGAUUGUAUCAGAUUAAAGUAAUCUGUUGGAUCCUUUUUUUUUUUUAAUUCUUAGGCUAUCUGCAUUCUUUUAGAUGAGUUCAUCAACUGAAGCAAGGCUCAAAUAGUUCAUGGUGAGACACGUACAUUGAUACAGUCUAGGAUCUCACAGUUCCAUGGAUGAACAGAUAUCAUCAUCACUCACCCAUAUUUAUUGAGCGUCUACUGUAUACAAAACAGUAUGUUAGGUUCUGGGGAUAUAAACCUGUGUCCAGAGUGUACCACUAGAAGAAUAAAAAUAUAAAUUAAGCCAAUACAUUCUGAAACAAGGCAGCAUUGCAUGGUGUAUAGAAGUACUGAGCUGGAUUUUAAAGAAGAUCUCAUUACAAAUCUCAUCUUCAAUAUUCACUUGUGUAAACCUGGGCAAAUAAUUUUGCCUCUAUAUGCUACAAGCAAAUGCUUUCGUUUUAACUAUUCAACUAUUAAUGAGUGUUGAUCUGUGCCAAGAGAGGAGGUUUGCACAUAGGGAUUCCCCUAUCCUAGAAAAAUCAUAGACCGUUUCUGUCAAGAUUGAAUAAUAAAAUGUUGGGGUCCUACACAGGCCAGGGAUAAGCAAUAUUCUGGUUGGUGAGAGAAGAUAGGUAGAUGCCUUCCAAGCUUUGCAAUGAAGAUUGGAGUGUUAAAUUCUGCAGCUUUGACUCAUAGGACUAUUCUUCAAACACUGACAUGCAUCUUUUCUGACAUUGCUCCUCACCAUGAAGUGUAGAGUUUUUCCUGCACUGUCCAGUAUAAAGAACAUUUAGUGUUUGGAAAUAAGCAUAGUACUUUACAGGGGAGACCUUUUGUAUUCUAUACACCUCUUGUGAUUUCUUUAAUAUACUUCAAGCUCAGAAUGCCAGAAAGUAAGAAGUUCUUUUCAAAGUGACUCACCUUACUACAGAUAACCCUCUCAUGUGGUAUGAUAUGAGGAACAAAAAAAGAAAACUCCUAGUAAUUCUACUAUUAAUGAUUCACUCCUUUAGCUUAAGGCUGAUUCUCUUUCCAGGACCAUCUUUUGAAAUGCAAAUCUCCCUGAGAGAACUAACCCAUCAAAGGAAUGAAUUCAGCUGACCUGACCUGACCAAAGUAGACUGAAACAGUGGAAAAGCAUUGGGCAUCUGCUGGGAAGAGAAAUAAAGAAAAAGGUGAAGUGUGGUCAGAAAUAGGGAGGCCCCCUUUCUUCUAGUCAGUCCUCCUUGGUAGAGUCAUAGACUCCCAUAGUAGUGCUAAAUAAGAGUAGCCUAUUAGCUUCUUGGAGAGCUAAAGGUGAAAAGCAGCCCUAAAAGGGGCUUCAUAAACCAUCAAUGUCCUGGCAGAUGGGCUAAAUCAGAUUGAGUUGGCCACAAACAUUUGGGUGAGUUAGAGGGAUGUCUCCCCCAAGCAUGUGAAGACUUCAGUGUGAAAAUAGUUUGUUCCAAGGGCCAUGAAGGCAGCUCGAGCAAGCCUUGUGGAACUCUUACGAGUUUGGUCAGACAGUGAAGAUGCCAAGUUCAUCCACUGCAUCCUGGGCCAUUACCAGUUGUACUGACCUUUGUCUGGCCACUGAACUUUGAUGACUCUGGAAGAAAGAGUGAGGCUGAUGAUUUUGUGCUACUCUGCCUCACUUAAAUCCAACUCAUGUACAAGUCAAGACAUUACUCUAUGAUGUCAUUGGUCCUUUUCCAAAAUGAUGGACAAACAGCCUAUUAACAUUAGGUAGCUUCUUUGGACAAAGGAAGACCCUGGUCCAAAUCCUACCACCUACAACUCUUUUUCACUGUUGUUUGCAUGAGCUGCUCCAUUGUUCUUUUAGAGGUUAGCUGACAGCUUGGUGAAAGGGAUCAAGGUGAAGCAAUUAGGAGCAAAUGAUCUCAUCCAUUUGGCUCAGUGACCGCCACCAUAACAGCAUGAUUGCAGCAAUGAACUGUUGAUGAGUAUCUCCAUUUUUGGGAAAUUGAAUGGUGCAGCAAACUGCAUGCUGGACAUGGAGCAAGGGGACCUUGACUCUGGACUUCAAGCCAGGGGACCUUGACUCUGACUAUGUUCCCAUGGGCAAGCUACAACCUCUUUGAGCCUCAGUUUCCUUGUGUUUCUAAAAGGGGAUCAUGUUUCUUGCACUACCUACCUCACAGGGUUGUUGUGGGGAAAAUUACACAAUUGUGAGUUAUUAUUAUUAUGUGAGUUCCUCCAAGAUUGCAUGUUCUGGGACUCCCACCAGUUUCCAUCUCUAACUGUGCUUUUCUUAUUCCAAGUGUAUAUAUCUCUAAAAGGACUUUCUUUUCUGAUUGGCCUUUGUAUAUAUAAAGGAUCAGGAUGACUGGAAAAUGGGUUUACAGAAAUUAUAAAGUCAUGGUGAGAGUGGAAGUUUCGUUCUUUUCCAAAUACACUCUUUUCUGCAGUGAAUUUUCAAACUGAACAAUUUCCUCUCAUCAUAUAGCUUUCUUAGCCCCAUUCCCAAGCCAAGGUAUCCUCAGAGGAUGCAAACGACUUUUAAUAGUUGUCUAGGAAAAACAUAACUUGGAAUGCACCAAAUUGCAUAAUGCAUUUUAAUGCCAAGAAAGUAAGUCUGGGAUUAUCUGGGAUGCUAUUUGAGUUUUGCUUUUUAGAAAGUAGUAGAAACCAUGCCACUACCUUCUCUCCAUUAGCAAGGAUAAUUGAGAGUUGGCUAUAUUAAGUGAGGCUUUUGAGAUAAUACUGCAGCCCCUCUCCCCCAUUGCCAUUAUGAAAUGUAUGGUAUCUUCCCCUCCUCUUUCAUAGCAAUGGAAACAUUUAUAAGAUAUAGAGCUGUUUAAGAGGAAAGUGUGCUGAAAUUGAAAUAAGAAAGACAUGAUUUUAAUUUCUGCCUCAGACAUGAGCCAUAUGACUCUAGGCAAGUCACUUAAUUUCUCGGUCUCAGUUUCCUCAUCUUUAAAAUAGGGAUGAUAAAAAAUGAUAACCCUCACCUUACAAAGUUAUUGUGAAGAUCAAAUGAGGUAAUGUGUAAUCUGUUUUGUGAAUUGUAAUACUCUAUAUUAAUAUCACUCAUAUUGAUUGUCAUCAUUACUAUUGCUGUUAAAUGUUGUUGUCUACUUGUGAUGUCCUAAGGAAAAUAAAUCUUGUGUUGUUACCAAGUGAAACAAUGAAUAUUGGAAGUCUGACCAUACUAUUCAUGGAUGCCCCCACCUCAAAAGUUGCUUUAUUGUGUUUACAUAUUUGGCACAAAUGACAUAAUCUAAGCAAGUUUACUUUUUGAGGGGAUGUGUAUAGGGUUUUGACCAUUCAAAGUAGUUAAAUAAAUAUUUGUCGUCAAA